GGUGCUGUCCUAUUGGAAGGUCACCCUCCAGGAUUCCCUUGCCCAGAGCCGGGAGUGCGCUGAGAUGGUGCCUCGGGAAGCCCCCGAGUCUGCCCAGUGCCUGUGCCCUCCCCUUGCCAGCCCGACUGCCAAGGAUGUGCUUCGGAGAAGGCAGAAGAGGAGGAGCCGGCAGCACCAGCGGUUCAUGGCCCGGAAAGCCUUGCUGCAGGAGCAGGGGCUGCUGAGCACCGCUCCGGAGCCAGGGUCCUCCCCAUCGCCCACGCCAUCAGAGGCUCCACCAGGCGCUGAAGCUGCCAGCCGUGGGAGGCCUCGUCCACGGGCUGAAUCUGGCAGCACCCCAUGCAGCAGAAAGCCAGCCCCCAAAAGUGUCACCUGGCCCUUGCCUAGCAAGUUUGUGGCCAUCGACUGUGAGAUGGUGGGCACGGGGCCCUGUGGACGGGUGAGCGAGCUGGCCCGCUGCUCUGUGGUGAGUUACCACGGCGACGUGCUCUACGACAAGUACAUCCGGCCUGAGAUGCCCAUAGUGGACUACCGCACCCGCUGGAGUGGCAUCACUCAGCAGCACAUGCACAAGGCCAUCCCGUUCCAGGUGGCCCAGAAAGAGAUCCUUAAGCUCCUGAAGGGCAAGGUGGUGGUGGGCCAUGCGCUGCACAAUGACUUCCGGGCCCUAAAAUAUGUCCACCCUCGGAGCCAGACCCGCGAUACAACUUAUGUUCCAAGCCUCCUCAGCCCACCUGGCCUCCACUCCCGGGCGCGGGUCUCCCUGAAGGACCUGGCUCUGCACCUGCUGCACAAGAAGAUCCAGGUGGGCCAGUGCGGGCAUUCGUCGGUGGAAGAUGCCAUGACAGCCAUGGAGCUCUACCGGCUGGUGGAGGUGCCGUGGGAGCAGCAGGAGGCCAGCAGCCCCCAGGCCCGCCCCGAGGACAGGGAGCCUGACAGCAGCACAGAUGUGGAGCAGUACAUGGAAGACCAGUACUGGCCGGAGGACCUGGCCCCGGGCAGCAGAGGAGGGGCAGGGCAGGCACAGGACAGAAAGGAGUGAGGGUGAGGAGAGGCUCCCGGCUGCCUUCCACGUGUACAUGUGGGAAGUAGGGGCCAGGAUGGCACGGGGCAGCUCAUCCUGGGCAGGUUAGGAAGCAGCCAGCCAGCCCCAAGAGUCAGACGAGUUGGGGGCCAUCGUCUGCCCGCUUGACUCGCUCUGCCACAGCUGAGCCCUCUGCGGGCUUUUUCCUCUGAUCGUAUGGUUUGGCUAAUGGUACCUUACAGAGACCACGGAAAUGUCAGGUGGACUUUUCCUGGGCCCACCCGUAGUAGGGAAUAUGCCAGCAUUGUCCCAGGCUGUCACUGGCAUCCCCCCACCCCAGAUCUCCUGAGGUUACCAUGCUGUGCCAUCUAAAGAGGUAAUUCCCUCCCUGGGAGUGGGGGCUGGGAGUGUCACUAUCCCAGCAUCCAGGAGCUCCCUUGUCUCAACUUGGUGACUUGUGGUAAAGUUCUGUUCUUGUCAUUGCCACCUACCUCCUCCUCCAUAGUCAUCUUUGAGUUCAGAGUAAAUACGCCGUGAAAUUAUAGAGUUAAGGUCUCUGAAGAAGACAUUUCUUCCCCUUUUCUCUGAACUGAAACUCUGGGUACAACCAGUGUCACUUGGAACACCACCAUGUGGCUGUCACCUCCCUGCUAGGCAUAGUGGAAUGGCCUUGACCACAGGCCACCCUUGAGUUGCUGCCCCUCACAUGCUUGGCAUCAGAAGCCAGCAGGCACAACUGGAGGAGGAGGAAGAGCAGACAGGCUCUGGAGGAAGGCUGUGGUGUGUUUAUUUUGACCCAUGUCAGGGAUUGCCCCUGCCUGUGCAGCGCUAGGCGUCCCUGGGUGGUACUAACGGUUAACGUGCUUGGCUGCUAAUUGAAAGGUUGGAGGUUCACGUUUACCCAGAGAUGCCUUGGAAGAAAGGCCUGGCAGCCUGCUUCCAAAAACUCAGCC